AUGUCUUCUUCAUGUUUCACCAGUAUCGCGCAGAUUCUAAGAGCCCAUCACCCAAAGACUCCACCAAAAUGUUUACGGUCUGCUGAAGCUCUGAAAAUUCUAAAUGGUGGUGUCCCAGCAGAGCAAAAUGUGCAAAGGAAUAAUGCUAAAACAACUACCCAAGAAAUUCGUUGCUCACCUGUGUCAUCACCAUCAGCGCUACUACCAGUAGAUCUGAAGUCUUUUAUAGAAUUGGCGUUGCCCAACUUGAUGUCAUACAACCAUCAAUUUCCACAGUUCUCACAGUUUUAUCCAUUGGCUAACCAAAUUGGUAAGACUGUAUUAGCAGGGCUACUAACAAUCAUCAACUUCCGUCUGAACCCUUUAAAGUUUACUGUCCACAAUGUGAUGUUAGGUGUCACUGAUAACGGUAUCACACUCUACGGCGGGGAAUACCAAGAACAAUCUUUGGAAGUUGUAGAGUAUAAUACAAAAAAACAACUGGAGACUCUCGAACAAAAUUUGAAAAUUAUUGAGGUACACCGACUCCAUCGCUGUAUUAAAUUUAAACACGGAUUCGACCGAAUACGGAGUUUGAAGACCAAGAGAUCGUAA